GACUCAAGCUCUUCAUUUUCUUUAUCUCUUCCGGUCGAGAUUUUAGCUUCAAAGCUGUAAACAAUUUCUUGGUUUUUCCAAUAUUUAUCAAGUCUUGCCUCAAAUGACUUUAUAGAUGUAGCUGUAAUAACGCUGUUGGUAAUGAGUUCCAGGUGUCAACGACUCGGUGGCUGAAUGAGAACUUUCUGAUGUCCAAACGAGUUCUUGUCUUAUAUAAUUUCUUAUUGUUUCCCCUAGUUACGCUUUCUUGAUUCAGUUUUAACAAUUCCUAUUCAUCAAAAUAAUAUUUUCCAUUCAGUAGUUUAUAAACUUCUAUCAUAUCCCCUCUUACUCUUCUAUAACUCAAUGUUGGUAUGUUCAAUUUCUUUAAUCGUUCUUCAUAUGAUAGGUUGUUUAGUCCAGGAAUCAUUCUAGUAGCCCUAAUCUGCAUGUUUUCAACUGUAAUAAUGUCUUUUUUCUUGUAGGGGCACCAGAUGGGAUGGGCAUAUUCAUCGUGAGGUCUGAUCAGUGCAGUAUAUAACUUUUUGAAUGUUGGAAUGUCAAGUGAUGUCGUUAAUGAAAAUUACGAAGAGCAUCUGUCCGAGAACACGUCUUACGUGACGUCACCAUCUAUGUAUAGAAUGCCAUAAAAGUUACUUGACUAGUGGUUUGAAACCUUUACUGUACGGUUGUAUUCUAGCUUAUAAUUUAUGAAGGUCUAGGUCACCGAUGAGUAUUAUCCAAGAUGGCCGAGCUGCAGUUCCAGGCUCCACUAGCGAGUUUUGAAACUGAAGAAUGGAACGAUUUUAAUGAUUUUCAGACUGCUAUGAACGCUCAGUCUUCUGGCGAAAACUGUGUGUCACACGUUAGUGACGAUGAGAAAAGCGAUCCGAAUCCAGAUAAUUUUGGUGUCAAUGAAACAUUGUCAGGUUCGCUGUCAGAUCUUGUGAAGUCUCUGGAUGAAAAAAUAACAAACUGUUUUCGCAAUUACGAUGCAAACGUGGAGCAAAUAGCCCCCGUUCAGGUUCGGACCAAAGAUGACCUUACGACUGAUUGUCCCACAUGGUGGACAAUCACAGGCCAGUACGGAAACAUCCUGCCCAUCGACUGGUCCCAGUCUUAUGCAAGGAAGCUGCAGGAAAAGGCUCUUAAUCUUGGAGAAAGACGGAGCCCUGAGCCUCAGAACCUGGACCUGUCGGAGGAUGAGGAGCUGACCGUCGCCAUGGACUACCACUCGAUGAUCAUCCGAAGUCAUCACCAUGACGACAGUGAGCACAUCGUCACUGCCGAUGAAGUCAUCAGCGAGCUAGAGAUCAUGAUGGAGGACAGUGGAAAUGAACGCAGUGAAUCGGAGGAACCGGAGUAUCCCACGAUGCCUGGUUCCCCGUACACCAAACUAAAAGAGACACUCGUUCAGCUGCCCAAGUAUUCAGUGGAAGACAUGAAGGAGAUGUCUAAUACAGCAAUCAAUGAAAUACUAAGUGACUAUGAACUCACUAUUAAAGAGUUAUCAGAAACCUUAGUGCAAGAACUAGCGCUUCGAGAUGAGCUGGAAUAUGACAAAGAACUCAAGAAUCAGUUCAUUUCUCUACUGCUGAAUAUCCAAAAGAAACGUCGCGAAGCAAACGUGGAUAAAAAGAAGCGCAAGAGUAAAACAGGCGUGAAUAACUCUCCUGUAGCCAGUGGCAACAACAACAACAGCCCUGUGUUGGAUGGACCUAGUGUGUUCCUGAGCACAGUGAUCCCCUACCACCCAAAACAGGGACCCCCGAUAUCAGAGCAGCUGCAGAUCUACAUUAAAAUUUUGCAAGCAAUCAAUGAGGACAGCCCUACUGUUCCCUCUCUAUUGACAGACUAUAUUCUGAAAGUGUUGUGUCCGACCUAAUUGAGGCAACACAGAGGCCCAGCCGAAAUCUAUGGAAACGUGCAAUAAACUCUGACGCCCAACAUAGCUAUGAUAGUGUGGACAGUAUAUCUCAAGCUGAUAAUCUACAGUUGGGCUAGCUGAAGUAUUUAUUUAUUCUGAUCUUCAUACAGCAUGUAGUGGAUUUUUUUGUGUAUGGAUAAACCUACAUAUAAUAAUGACGUCAUUUUGUUUCGAUUUAAAUUGAGUUGUGAAACUGUAGCAUUGAAAGUUGUUGUGUAACAUGCAUUACCUAAUUUGAUUAGACUGACAUUUUCCUUAUAAACCCAAGGAUGUUUUAAUCUAGUGUUUAGAAGAGAAAAAGAGGGUUCUGUUUAAUGCUGCAUAGACUAUGAUGUUACAAGCCAGAUUUGUGUAAGUUUGAUUUGCAAACAAAGCUGUUCUUGAAAAUCAUUAUAACGGCUACAUUGGUCGAAAUAAAGUCAGGGCUCGACAGUAACAUUAGGUCUGUUCAAGACAAAAAAUGGUCUGCUAGUCCGACCGGACAUUUAUGAACAAAAUUUGAUGUUUAAAUUAUAAUGAUAAAACACCAAGUAUUCAGGUACACACUUUACUUAGCUUUUAACAAGAGAUUAUAAUGGUAUAGUUUAAUUCACAAAACUGUUGCAGUUAGUUCUGUAAUAUUUUAUUCAACAAUGUCAUUCUUACUUGCAGUUUAUUUAAGUCAGAUAUUUUAAAUGCAUUCUGAACAGUUGAAACACAUUCUAAAGUGCUAGUCAAUUUUGUUUGUUCAUAAAUGAAUAAAAAAUGUAUGCACGAUAAUUUGCAGUUUAACUGUUACUGCUGCUGUACGAAUUGUAACAUUAUUGGGAUUUUAAUUGAGUGAACUGAGAAUGGACAAUAUCAGUUAUUUUGUUUUUUGGAUUUAUAUUUACUGCAUUAAAAGAUUAAGGGACACCAUAAAAAUACACUCUUCUAGUGUAUACUGCUAUUUUGCUUUUAUGUAUAUGUUGAUAAAUAAAAGGAAAAUUGCAUUGUAUAUUUAGUUACAUGAUAAGAUCAGGACAAGUCACUUUUUUGUUAGGACAAGUGUAAUUUGAUGUCUCUUGUCCGGUUGAAAAAGUGGAUAAUAAAGUACAGUUUCUCUAGUGUCAGGUGUCUGUUUGAUAUAUCUUAUGUUUUGUAAUUAUUUAAGAGCUGAUCCUCUAUGUAUAUUUCAAGGUAAUUCAAGAAAUGUUCAGUUUCUUAUAAAUCAAGUCAUAUUAUUAAGAUUUUUAUUUCACCAUGUUCGACAAGAAAUUCUAUCCAAAAUGGAUUUUUUAUUCAAAUGUUUUUGCGAUGAAAGUUAUUGGUUUAUUUUGUGCAAUAUACAAUUGUUCUUAUUUUAAUGAAUUAAACUCUGUUUUCAAGUUUAAAGUGUACAUACAUGUAAAUUGAUUUUAUAAUAGCUUUACAUAUGUACAACAUGUGAUGAAUGUUUUUACAUUGUUUUGUUGUUAUAACCUUUUCAAUUUUACUAGCGCAGAUUGUUAUGUAGUGGCCAUGGUACCUCCUUUGGUAAUGCUUCUGUGAUUUCUAAGUUUUAAAAUCAAUUUGAAUGUUAAACAUGUAAUAGUUUGUCUUUUAUCUGUAUGAUUAUUGAAAUCAUCUAGAUGGAUUGGUAAGUAAAUUGAACUUUCCUCCAAUCUGUCAUUCUGAAUGUUCACUUGUUUUACAGUUGACCCUUUCAGUGCGGGAACCGAAUUUUAAAGGCCUUUGCAAACAGUUUGGAACCAGAUGAGACGCCACAGAACGUGGCGUCUCAUCAGGAUCCAAACUGUUUGCUAUUCUGAUAGUAUUCUUUGAAUAAAAUCAAAGAAAAUGCUAAUUUUAGAAAUUCAGCAGACGACAUUUAAGCAGACGACAAAUUUCCCAGCAUGCAAAGGGUUAACUAUCCCCAGGGGAGGGUAUUCACAUGAUAGUCAGAUGGCGACGUCCAUGCCGAGGCAGGUAUUUUUUUGCCGUUUUAUACCUUUUAUUACUUGUAUUUAUUUUUAAAUUCCACUCACUUUCCAGCCCGGAAGUAAAAUCGAGAUAUACCGAAUUUUAUUAUGAAAUAAACGCUUAUCACCUUUAUACUUGUAUGGCUGGAAAUUGAGCGUCAUUUAAAAAUUAAACAAUAGUAAUAAAAUGGCGAAAACUAACUGUCUCAGCAUGGACGUGGCCAUCUUGACUAUCACGUGAUUACUAUCUCUGUAUCCCUGUUCUAUGGUCAGCAAAAUUUGCGUGAUGUAACACAAGUUUUCACUGGUUAACCCAUUUAUGCCUAGCGUCUAGAAAAAAUGCCUGGGCAAACAGCGUAGACCAAGAUGAGACGCUGCAUGAUGCGGCGUCUCAUCAGGGUCUGCGCUGUUUGCUUAAAGGAAUUUCUGUAAGAAAAACAAAAGUUUUCACUGGUUAACUCUGCCAGUGCUGGAACCGAAUUUUGAAGGCCUUUGCAAACAGUUUGGAUCCAGAUGAGAACGUGGCGUCUCAUCAGGAUCCAAACUGUUUAAUAUUCUGAUAGUAUUCUUUGGAAAAAAAAUCGAACAAAAUGCUAAAUUUUAUAAAUUCAGCAGACGACAUUUUAGCAGACGAAAAAAUUUCCAGCAUGCAAAGGGUUAAAAAUUUUACUAGCAAGGUUUGUGAAACAUGCAUCCCCCACCCACCAACUUGCAUGACACUUGACAUUGAUUUUCCCCCACAGUAAAAAAUUCACUAGCAAUAAAAAUAUUAUGUAAAUCAAAAUGGCUUGAACACAGUGUAAGACAAUUUACUGUUAUUGCUUGAAUGCUUUAAUGUUUAGUGAUGGUAGUGCCAUGUUAUUAAUAAUUAAGGAUUACUGUGUCCAAUUUUCAGAUAGUGUUUCAUCAUAAUUGUAAGUAAACUUAAUGGAAUGUUAGUGUGGGUAUUAAAGGUACUAAACUAAUUAUUGUUCAUGUGUAUAAUGUUACCUACUCAAACUAAUUAUGGGUAUUAUUCAUAUAUAUAAUGUUACAAGCCCCUGUGACCUUAACCUUUUGCCUGUUGACCUAAAAAUCAAAAAGGGUCUUUCUUCCCAUGCCAAUUUUCAAGAUGGUAGGUCUAAGUCAAGAGUUAUCAAAAUAUCUUGCAAAAAAAUGUUCUUUGGACUUACCAUCAGACUGACAUGUUAGGUGCAAACCAGAAUAUAGUAUCCCUCUCCCUAGUAGUUGCAUGUCAUCUACAUUGCAUGCACUUGAAAUCUGAUUAAUUUAUUUUGCUUCUUUUGAUAUACAGAGAUUAAGACUUGUGUCUUCUUUAUUUCAAAUGUACUAUAUUAUAGUGAGAAAUGUCCGAGUACUGUUGGUUGAAGCAGCAAUGAAUGUGACCUAGUUAUUGCCUUUAAUGUACAUGUAUAUGACUGUGUACUUAUUGUUGCAAGUAUGACAGAAGUAUGAAGUGAAUUUCAGCUUGAAAAUUAAGUUUUUUUCCUGUAGAUUUUCAUCAGCCAAGAUUCCUGUGAGGCACUUUUGACAAAUUUGAUCUUUCAGAAAGUUACUCUGGUAGUGUUUAUCAAAUUUAUUAUUUGAUACCUUAUAUACUACAUGUAUAUAGUUGCUUUUUUAAGCAUCUGAUUUGGAUCUGAACAAAAUAUUUGAAUCAAAAGCGGUGCAUAUUUAUUUUUACACUGUUAAUGUUAUACACACCAUUUAAUAAAUACUGGAAAUGUUUUGCCAAUAUGUUGUUUGUAUGUUGUUUUAACAUGUAAUGGUCAUAACAAUACUUGAUGAAUAGGUGGAACAAGAGAUGUGUUUGCUUUGAAGCCAUAAAUUUGACCUUGACCUUAAGCCACUCAAAAUGUGCAGCUCCAUGAGAUACACAUGCAUGCCAAAUAUCAAGUUGCUAUCUUCAAUAUUCAAAAAGUUAUGACCAAACAUUAACGAAGGUUAAAGUUUUAGGAACGAAAAAUACAAUAUUUGACCUUGAAGGAUGACCUUGACCUUGGACUUUUCACCACUCAAAAUGUGCAGCUCCAUGAGAUACACAUGCAUGCCAAAUAUGAAGUUGCUAUCUUCAAUAUUGCAAAAAAUAUAAAAGUUUUACCAAGGUUAAAGUUUUGUGACACACACAUACAAUGACAGACAGACCAAAAACAAUAUACCCCCGAUAUUUCGAUCCGGGGGCAUAAAAAAUAAUCCAUGUAUUGAACCUAUAAUUUAUAUUUCCUUAUUAUGUUAUGCAAUCACAAUUGAUCUUGGUUGUAUAUUGCUUACAAUGGAAGGUUGUAUAUUCAGUUUUGCUGUGAAUUGUAUACUACCACUGUGUGCGAAAGUAUGGAAUAUAUAGUCUGCUUAGAUUGAAAAUUGUAUGUUCUAAUAGUAUUAUGUACACGUUAAAAGAAAUGUAAGACUCUAUUAAUUUUCUGUACAAACAUAUGAAAGCCCCUAUUGCAUACACAUUUUUAAAAACAUUUUUUGUAAUAAUGUUAUUGUGAAUACAUAAAGUUAAUUUGCUUUAUGAAAGUUGGUCUUGCUUGACGGAAAGUUAUUUCAUAGUAUUUAAUAACAAAGAGGAAUCUUGCGUAGUAAUUAUAUAUAUAUAUAUAUUAUGCACGUCUUUUUUGUAAAAAAUAAAUGCUUGUAAGAUCAUAAAAUCAAAACAAUUAGUUUAGGCAGUAUCAGUUUUUCUUAUGAUUAAUGGUAUCGGUAUAUAGAAAGAUUCAAUGUCCAGGGGUCUCGAGAGUGGGCGAAAUGGGCGAUUUCUUCGCCUAAUUAAUCUUCACUUCACAAAUUAAUUUCAUGAAGGCGAAGUGACUUCUCCUCCUUUUAAUGAUUUACCUUGUGCCAGACAGUGACCAAUUAAAAUCAAUUUGAUGUGGAGAAUUGGACACAGGAGGAUUCUCAGUCAUUAAUGCCCCAUGUACAGGUCAUGCAAAGUUGAACAUUCAAAAGAACAGUCUGGAGCUAUUACACUUCUUGAAAUUGUAAAUAGAUGAUGCCUUGAUUUAAUUAUUGACUUCUGCUGGCUACCAAUAACUAUGAUUCAGCAAUGUUAAAUGGCCCAUUACAACAAUACUAAGGAAUGAUCAAAUGGGAAUAUGUAACCUAGCAUUGGCAAUAAAUAUGGGGCUCAUUUACAGGUCAGAUUUGGAAUCUCUGCUGUAAAAUGAGUUUUUAAAUGAAUUUUAAUUUAAAACAAAUAUUUGUAACAAAAUAACAAUUUGAUUUUAUGUUGAAUUGCUUAAAAUUAACAAGGAAGUAAAAAAAUUCUGAACAUUACUGGCUUGUUACAGUUGAAGUGUAUUUGAUACACCUGUUCAGUAAAAAAAGUAAUUUAAUGUACAAUCAUAAUCAACAAUCAACGAGAAAUAAGGAAAAUGUUGGUUUUAUACACUUAAUAUGUCUUAUUGUAAUUAAAACAAGUGAAGAGUUGAUUGAAAGCUGAACAGAAACCACUUAUCCGUUAAGUUGCUGCAAAAUAUACGUAAAACUAAGAUCUAUGACGCAAAUGUACCAUUUCUCCCAAAUAUGUUACCAAUUCUCCCUAUUUCGGAUUUAGGGAGAAGUGACUUCUCCAUAAAUUUUGAGUCUAGCUAGACCCCUGAUGUCACUUUCAUGUUUGAAUUUAUGCCUACAUGUGAAAUUCAUAUCGAAACAUGUCGUCUUCAACAAAUUAUGAGAAUCUAGGUCUACUGACAUUAUAAAUGUUGAUUCUUAAUCCAUUGGCCUAACCACUGAGCACUGUUUUAUAUCAAGUAAUUGUUAGUUAAUAACUAUUUUAACAACACAAUAGGUGUUAAGCUCUAACAAAAAUAGAAGUUAUAUGUACAUAUAGUCACUAUAGUCAAUAUGUAUCUCAUAUUUUCAUGAAGUUUUUCUUCUAUUUAACUUCUUUAUCUUUCAUUAUUUAUGGUAAUAUGAGAUGUAUUUGAAGUGACAUUUUUCAUUAAUUUUUAUACAUUUUCAUGUAAAUCAUUUGAUCUUCAAUGCUUUCAAUGCAAUUAUGUUUUCAACACGAGUAUCUAAUCCCAUAUUCGUCGUCAUGAAUUGUGCCAAUAUUCAUUUACUGAUAAAUGUGUAAGGUAGAUGUUUUAAAUGAGUUUUGCUAUGAUAAACAGCGCUUGAGAAGAUAUACAAAGUUUCUGUAUCAUAUAGUAUACAUUUUUAUGCUGAAGAGAAUGUGUCGUAUUUUAAUGUGCUUUAUAUGUUUGUGCAAUUUUAUGAUUCACACACUGAACAGAGCAUACGAAAUGUCAUGGUUGCAUAAAAUAUAUAUACUUAUAUGAAUAUGUGGUAAUUGUAAAUUGAAUUACCUAGCAUGGUUGACCAUGUCAUGCCAUUACCUUGAAAAUACAUAUUUCCUCACCAGUCAUCUAACUUAACCCAAUCCAAUGAAAUAAUCAUAACUACAAACUUCAAAUGUUUUUUGGUUCAGUAGGUUUCAAACACAUUGUUCAAGAAUGCAAUAUGAUUGUCUUUUUUAUGAACUGGAAUGAAUGCUUUUCCACUGAACAAGCACCGCAAUUGUGAAGAAUCGCAGUUUCUUUACAUUUGAUUCUGUCCUAAUUUUGUGCCACUAUAGAGCCUUUUGUAUGGUAGAAUAUUUCAUGCUCGUGUAUUUAACCAAUGAUUUUUGUACUUACACUUGUGUCUGCUUGUUUUUGAAUAAAAAAGACCUAAAA